AUGGGUUGGAUAACACGUAAACUCCGUCUCUGCAUCCCUCUUGGUCGUCAAGAACGAUCAGCACCAAAUGAAGGAACUGUAAGAUCUGCUAAUAUGUUACAACAUUUGAGUAUGAUUCUGGAUAGCGAAAACACUAUGACAUAUGAGCAACUACUAGAAUUGGAUGAGAGUCUCGGUGUCCAAAGAAGUGGAUUAUCAGAAGAAACCAUCUCAAGAAGUUUAGAAACACGAACAGUUCACAUUGAAUCUGCGGCGUCUAUAGAUCAGAACGAGGAGGCUGAGAUCUGCACUAUUUGUCAGGCAGAAUAUGAGAGCGGGGAAAAAGUUGCCACUCUUAAUUGUGAUCAUGAAUACCAUGUGGACUGCAUUAAGCCUUGGCUGAGAGGGAAGAAUGCUUGCCCAAUCUGCAAACGCCCAGCUGCAAACACCCAGCCGCAAAUGCCUAGCUGUGCUAUGAUUGACCAUGUGCCCAGCAGUGUGGCAUAA